UGAGCAGGCAUCUUUUCCCCCACUGGAUCAAUCUACCCGCCUCCCGAUUUGCUUCCCAAUACGCUUUGAGCGCUUUAUCCGAAAACGCAAACGCAAAAUGUAGGGUAGUCAUUUACGUCAUGUCAUGGUACCUCUUAAGUAGCUCACGUCAUGUCAUUUACGACCAUGUUGCACAUUUAUGUACAGUAAUUUUUCGCAUUCGCACAACUUGCUUGCACUGGUAACUGUAAGGCAAUUACAUUGACAUUUGGUUGUUCAUCUUGUUUCAUCCUCAAAAAAGGACUAGUUUCUAGCACAAAAUGACGACAUCAAGUUCUCUUUUAGUACCAGACAAGCGCGUCUUUGUUGACGUCUGCAUCGCGGGUGGCGGCAUCGGAGGCUGCGGUCUUGCUCGGUAUCUUACACUCUUGAAUUGCGAGCAUGGAGUUCAGUAUCAAAAUGCAUCUUCGAGCACUGGCGGUAAUCCGGCUGGUAGAUCUGGAUUCGGAACAACAGCUGGUGGCUCAACAUCCAGUUCGAGUUUCUCCUCUUCAUCUGCAUUGGCUAGUACAACGGCCAGAAACACACCGACUAAGCCAAACCGUUUGUCUUUCCUCCUUAUGGAGAAGGAUGCGAGCUUCCACCACAGAAAACAGGGUUACGGCUUGACGAUGCAGCAGGGGUCGCGUGCGUUGCAAAAACUACACCUAGCGGAGACGAUUUACACAGAAGACACACCGAACGACGUCCAUUACGUUUUCGAGCAUGAUGGCCGGUUACGGAGUGCUUUUGGGCGAUUAGUCAACCAUGGAGUUGAAGAAAAGGAAGCGAAGGAGGAAGUGAAAACUACAACAACUCCUUCUAGUACAUCAUGUGCACAGGAGGAGACCGCUAGAAACAAGCAAGUACAAGAUGUAACAGCAGGUGCAGCAAGUAGAGCAGACGAAAACAGUUGUACCAAAAAUGCUGCUCAACAAGGUACACCAUCGUCUCCAACACCACCCUGUUGUGCUCCCGCUGUCGCCAAACCAGCGAAGCAGUCCUGUAAACGCCACAACUUGCACAUCCCCAGGCAGAGAUUGAGAGAACUUCUCUCCAAAGAUCUGGAUGUUAGUUGGGGCUGCACUUUUCGAAGUUUCGAGUACGAUGAGCUUCUAGAUGAUUACCCUGUGCGGGUCUUUUUCGACAAGGAAGUUGGAACUUCUACUUCUUCUAUCCUUCUAGAAGUUCGCUGUCGCAUCCUCGUGGGUGCAGAUGGGAUCUACUCAAGGAUACGAAAGCAGGUUAUGGCGGAUUUUCCCAGCAGUGGAUGUGGGAGGACAACUAGUGGGGAUCCAACUGCAGCGGUGGGAAGCAACCUGCUAGACACCGGGGCGGUUCCUCCUACCACAAGCGAGAUCACUAAGACCACAAAAGAGGACGCCCAUCUGCCCUUCUCGUCAACGACUAAUGCUGAGACGAGUAUCGCGACUGUCCAUUUUUCUCCCACUACGACCACCUCAUCCACGCCCAUCGCCACACCAACAAGCGACAAACCUUCGACCAUCCCAGAUACCGCAGUACCAACUCAAUCUUCAACUACACCUACCACCACUACUGCUAACUCCUCGUCCUCUUCCUCAAUCACUCGCAUUACGCAUAUAAUUACCCGUCCUCCUGCUUGUGACAACAUGAAUCCUGCCGCGGCUUCAGUCGACCCCUUCAACUACCUUGGCGUUCUCGUCGUACUUGGUAUGGCGCCAAACCGCGAUCACUUCCUCUACAACCGAACGACUUUUCAGACAUCCGAUUUGAACACUUCGACACGUGUUUUCAUGAUGCCUUUCACCGAGUCUGAGAUCUUCUGGCAAUUGUCCUUCGCUAUGGACAAAGCAGAAGUCGACGAUUUGAUGAACAACUGCGAUAAAGAAACUAGGGAGAAGCGUGUGAGGGAACUGAUUUUAGAACGAUGUGGAAAUUGGCACGAGCCAGUAGCGGAAAUCUUGCUGAAUACACCUGGGGAUCGAAUCUCGUACACUCCGGUUUACGACAGAGGAGAAUCGUUCCCGUUUUUGAAAGGUAGUGCGGAUUCUUCCACCACUGCGUCAACGUCAACGUCAAGAGACUCCUUCCCCUCCUACUGGGACGCACAACAGCUGCCAAUAACUCUCAUCGGCGACGCGUGUCAUCCCAUGAGUCCAUUCAAAGGGCAAGGUGCAAAUCAAGCCCUGCUGGACGCUGUAGAGCUAGGAGAUGCGAUUUGGCAAUUGUUUAUGGAGCCGUUGCGCUAUAGAAAGCAAAUCUCAGAACAAGGCUGUCUCACGAAUGUGAGGCCUGGCGUGUAUUUGGGAAAGCGAGGGAAGGAGAGGAGAAGGAAAAAGCUUCUGGAACAAAAGGAACAAGGGGAAGUGAAAGCAGCAAUGGUGCAAGGAGAACAUCAUCAUCAAGAGGAAGUGGUGCAAGAGGAAGUGAAAGUAGCAAUAGAAGUGGUGCAAGAAGAACAUCAACAUCAAGAAAGGACGAAUGCAGCUUCUGAGGAGAAAACCACCACUGUUGAAGAUGUCUUACCCUUAAUAUCAGGUGUUGUACAAGAACAAGAGGGCAGCUUUGCACAGCUACAACACCAUCAAGUUCAAGUUCAAGCGGAGAAAUCCGGUGGUCGAAGACAAAACCCUUUGAUGUCUCGUCAAAGUUCCAUUGGUAGCACGAUCAGUAGCGUCACUGGAGGAUGCGAUAGAACCGCACGCUCCUCAGUACUCACCACAACGAUGACCGGCGCAGCGACUCCUCGUUCUGUCGCCAGCUCUACGGCUAGCAUCACUUCGUUUGCGCCUGAUGCUGCUUGUGUCGCUACAGCUUUAAGAAAGUUUGAACGGGAAAUGUACACUAGGGGAGACGCGAAACGUCUUGCUUCUGCACGAACAGCGCAAAAACUACACUUCGAAUACACUGAUGCGGAUGAUAGGUUAAAAGCAUUAGGCGUGAACUCAUGGGAGGAGUUCAGGGCUGAGGGCAUUGGCGUCUGGGACGGACCAAAAAUGCGAAGACGUAUGGUCGACUUUUUACAGAGGAAGAAGAACGAAGCAGCUAGUUGUUCAACAUGAUGAGUAAAUCUUCAUAGGUCUUUCAACGCACGUGCAUAGGAGACAUCUUCAUCUUCCACAUCUUGAUGAGGCUGACUUUGUUUCGCAAGUAAUAGAUCAUGAAGCGAUGUCCCGUGUUGUUUCGUUUUCAGUAUGUACCUUUUCUGGGAUACACUUACUCACUCUCUAUGCAGCAACCUUGCAGGGGCACGCUAUGACUAUGCAGCCGCUUGCAGCACCUUCAUGAUAUGUUGAACAGGCGCAUAAUUGCACAAAAGAUUCAUUUAGGUAAGCUCCCUUGUGGAACAUUAUGUAAAUUACAUUUCUUUGCUGCAUCACUGUUUUUUUCCCGUUCUCUCAGAUCGUAACGAUCUUCAACCGAGAUGAAAUCUCAAUGCCUCCGCUUCUCCUCGAGAGACUGCUGCAUUCAUGUCCUCUCCCUUGUUGUUGCGUGUCACUCAGGCGGAUCUUGGAGACUUUCAAAAACAAACAAAGUUCCUGAAAUGCGAGGGAGUGUGUUAGUGAG